AUGGAAAACUUUCAAAAUGUUUUGACGUGUCACCAUCGUUCGUGUCGAGAUUGUCUCAAACAGUACUUACAAAUCGAGAUCACAGAAAGCCGUGUCAACAUCGCCUGUCCAGAGUGUGCAGAGAAAUUUCAUCCCAAUGAUAUCCGACUUAUACUCCAAGACGAGGCUUUGAUGCAGAAGUACGAAGAUUUUAUGCUGCGGAGGAUUUUGGCCAUGGAUCCUGAUACCAGAUGGUGUCCUGCUCCAGAUUGUGGGUUCGCUGUGAUAGCUACAGGGUGUGCUGGAUGUCCAAAGAUCAAAUGUGAACGAAACGGCUGCGAUACAUUCUUCUGCUAUCAUUGUAAACAGUAUUGGCAUCCUAAUAAAACUUGUGAUGCAGCACGGGCUGAGCGCUCACCCAACGUCCGAUCAAAUUCUAUUUAUAGUCAUGAGAAUGGAGCCAACAAUGAUAUCAAACCAUGUCCAAGAUGUGGUGCCUUCAUAGUUAAAAUGAAUGAUGGUUCCUGCAACCAUAUGACUUGUGCUGUCUGUGGGGCCGAGUUCUGUUGGUUAUGCAUGAAAGAAAUUUCAGACUUACACUACUUAAGUCCAUCCGGGUGUACAUUUUGGGGUAAAAAACCGUGGAGUAGAAAGAAGAAGAUACUGUGGCAACUGGGUACAUUAGUAGGAGCACCAGUUGGUAUAUCAUUGGUAGCUGGUAUAGCAGUACCGGCCAUGAUAAUUGGUAUACCGGUCUGGGUGGGUCGAAAGAUCCAUUCUCGUUACGUCUGUGAUUCAAAACAUAAGCGCCGUCUGGCUGUAACAGGGGGAGUAACUGCCUCGAUUAUCGUCUCACCAAUUAUAGCUGGUUUAGCUGUUGGAAUUGGUGUACCAAUAUUAUUGGCGUAUGUAUAUGGUGUAGUUCCCAUAUCAUUGUGUCGUAGUGGUGGAUGUGGCGUAACAACUUCCCAGAAGGGUGGUGUUAGGUUUGAGUUUGAUGAAACAGAUGCCAAUGCAACAAGAGAUAACCACAGUGUGGAGACCGUACCACAUGUAGCCAAUCCUAGUAUAGCACCAAGUAUUGGCGAAGCCUCCGUGGGAAUGACUGGUAGUCUCAGCGCCAGUGGAAGUCAUCUGGACAGAGUUGGCAUCCUGCGAGACGAGAGUGACCGUGAUUCAACCAGCAACAGAGCUAUAGCUAGCGCCAGUUUAAAUGGUAGUUUGUGUGGUUCAGCUUAUGCUGCUGUUAUUGGUUACCAGAACAAGUAA